AUGGAAGCCACGCGAUUAGACGCGUUCCUCGCCGUCCUCAUGCUCGCCGUCGCGCUGCCCUUCAGCAGCUUUCCCCAACGCUCGUGGGCCGCCAAACCGCCAGACCCAGCGGCUGUGGCGGCGCCGGUAGAGGCGGCGGCGGCGGCGGCGCGGCUGAACUACAGCGAGGCGCUAGAAAAAUGCAUUUUCUUCUUCCAGCUGCAGCGUUCUGGUAGACUGCCGCGCUCGCAGCUACCCACGUGGCGUGGCGACUCGGGACUCACGGAUGGCAAGGCGGAAGGGGUGGACCUGACGCGCGGGUACUACGACUCGGGCGACAACGUCAAGUUCGGCUUCCCGCUCGCCUUCACCGUCACCGCGCUCGCCUGGAGCGUCGUCGAAUACGGCGCGCAGCUCACGGCGCUCGGGCAGAUCAAGGCGGCGCGCGACGCCGUGCGGUGGGGCGCGCACUUCUUCGUGCACGCGCACCCCAAACCCAACGUGCUCUACGCGCAGGUGGGCGACGGGCAGUCGGACCACAGCUGCUGGCAGCGCCCCGAGGACAUGACCACGCCGCGCACCGCAUACCGCCUCGACCCUCAGCACCCCGGCACCGAGCCCGCUGCCGAGGCGGCGGCAGCACUGGCGGCGUCGAGCAUGGUGUUUGGCAAGACAGACGCCAACUACUCCAAGUCGCUGCUCACCCAUGCGCGCCAGCUGUUCAACUUCGCGCGCAAGUACCCGAAGAAGUACACGGACAGCAUCCCCUCCGCCUCCGCCUUCUACAACUCCUACUCCGGCUUUAAUGACGAGUUGCUGUGGGCGGCGGUGUGGCUGUACCGCGCCACGGGGGAGAGGCGAUAUCUGGACUACAUCGUGACGAACGAGAAGCAGCUGGGCGGCACGCAAUCGUCAGUGCAGAACUUCUCGUGGGACAACAAGUAUGCCGGCGCUCAAGUGCUGCUCGCUAAGGAGUACCUACGGCGGCAGGACCCGGCACUGGAGCUGUAUCUGAAGCGCGCCAAGGACUUUGUGUGCGGCACCGUGGUGCGCGGCAUCAGAUCACCAGGAGGCAUGCUGUUCCUCAUGUCGUGGAGCAACCUGCAGUACGUCACGGCCAUCAGCAUGGUGCUCUCCACCUUUGCUGACAUCCUUGAUGCCGCCCCUGCCAGCGCCGGCAACGCCACGGCCAUCAUGUGCGACUCCACGCCCGUCACCACCACCGCCAUGCGCCGCUUCGUCAAACGCCAGGUGGACUACAUAUUGGGCGUGAACCCCAAGAAGCUGAGCUACAUGGUGGGCUUCUCCUCCUCGUACCCUCAGCGCGUGCACCACCGCGGUGCAUCCCUGCCGUCCAUCUGGGUGAACAACACGCGCAUGGGCUGCAACGACGGCUGGCCCGCCUUCAAGUCCAAGGCCCCGAACGUGAAUGUGCUGACGGGGGCGGUGAUAGGCGGGCCGGACAGCAGCGAUGCGUUCCGGGACGAGAGGGACAACUACCAGCAGGUGGAGCCCUCCACCUCCAUCAACGCCCCCUUCGUUGGUGUCCUCGCCCGCGUUGCUGGAGGCCCCCCCAAGGCUAGCCCUCCACCUGCCUCCCCCAAGGCCCCCCCUCCUCCCCUCAAGGCACCACCACCUCCUGCUGGCAAGCGCAAUCAGGCCAUCAGUAGUGCGUUGCUAGACGCUCUGCGGCUACCGCUGGACGCGCGUGCGCAGGUCGUUCAGAAAGGCGCGCGCGCGCGGUGGUGGUGCACGGGGAUGGGGAAGAAGGGGAAGGGGAAGCCGGGGAAGGGGAAGGAGAAGACGGAGCGGAAGACGGCGAAGGCGGAGGCGAAGAAGCAGCGGCGCGAGGAGAAGAAGGUGGACGAGGAGGACGACGUCGACGCCAUCCUGGCGAAGAUAGCAGCGGAGGAGGCGAAGAAGAAGGAGGUGCAUGUGGAGGAGGGCGUGCCGCCGCCCUCCCCUCGCUGCAACGCCACCCACUCGAUCCAUUGCCUCUCCUUCGCUCCCCUCCUCUCCCGCUUCCUAUCCCUCGACCCCCUCGCCCCCGGCUGCUUCCCCGUGCCUCAUUCAUUCUGUGGCCCCUCUCAUCUCUCUCGCCCGCUCAACCACUCGCCCGCGUGGCAGAUGGUGGUGAACCCACUCAAGGACACGGAGCUCAUCAUCUUCGGUGGGGAGUUCUACAAUGGGGAUAAGACGUACGUGUACGGCGAUCUGUACCGUUUCAACGCGGACAAGGCCACGUGGCGCCUGGUCAGCAGCCCCAACAGCCCGCCGCCUCGCAGCGGGCACCAUGCCGUCGCCUGGAAGAACUUCCUCUUCGUCUUCGGUGGCGAGUUCACGUCGCCCAAUCAGGAGAGGUUCCACCACUUCAAGGACCUAUGGCGGUUGGAUCUGAACAGCAACGAGUGGGAGCAGCUGAACCUCAAGGGCGCCCCCUCGCCCCGCUCCGGCCACCGCAUGGUGCUGUACAAGCAGAAAAUACUGCUGUUUGGAGGGUUCUAUGACAACCUUAGGGAUGUGCGCGCUGCAAAGCGGUCCGUUGUGCAUGCGUGCAUGCGUGCGGCACUGGAAGCAGCCAUUUGCCUCACGCGCCUUGCCUCUUGUGUCGUUCUCCUUCCCCCCUCCACCUCCCCAUGCCACCCCCUCUGCAGCUACUUCAACGACCUCCAUGUGUUGGACCUCAACGACAUGAAGGCACGUGCCCUCGCACCCUUGGCCCCUGCUGCUCCUUCAACUCGUGUAGCCAUUGCUUGCUGUGAGAGGGCCACUGCACUGCUUGCACCAUUCAAGCUGAUCACUGUGCCUGAUUUCACCCCCCUCCAUGCCGCCACCGUCUCUCCCCUCCUUGUCCUCCCACCUCCAUGGGCCAUGCGCCUGUCGCAGUGGUCCCAAGUGAAGCCCAAGCCGGGGGCAGCAUGGCCGUCCCCCCGCAGUGCCUUCCAGUUCGCCGCCCACCAGGACGAGGUGUAUGUGUACGGGGGCUACUUCAAGGAUCACGCCAGGGACGCGGAUGGCAAGGACAAGGGCGUCGUGCUCUCCGACCUCUGGCUGCUCAACCCGCGCUCCUACGAGUGGAACAAGGUGCGUUGCUUCUACGAGUGGAACAAGGUGCGUUGCUCCUACGAGUGGAACAAGGUGCGUUGCUUCUACGAGUGGAACAAGGUGCGUUGCUUCUACGAGUGGAACAAGGUGCGUUGCUCCUACGAGUGGAACAAGGUGCGUUGCUCCUUGGAGUGGAACAAGGUGCGUUGCUCCUUGGAGUGGAACAAGGUGAAGCGGCUGGGGUCGCCACCGAGUGCGAGGGCGGGCUUCUCCCUGGCGGUGCACCGCAGCCGCGCCAUCCUCUUCGGGGGAGUCGUGGACCGCGAGGAGAAAGGCGGCGAUGUGUUGCGCAGCACGUUUCUGGACGACAUGUUUGCCUUCCAGAUGGACUCGCGCCGCUGGUUCCCCCUCCUCCUGCGCUCGCAGCAACAGGCCCUGGCGGCUGCCAGGAAGGCGGAGGUGAGCCAGCAGAGACCACUUGUAUUUGCCCCCCUCCACCUCAUUUGCCCCUGUCGACACCUCUUUCCACUUUUCACCCCUCGUUCCCUUCUCCACUCGUCGUUUCCCUUCUCCACUCGUCAUUGCCCCUCCCUACCCCUCUUUGCCCCUCCAACCCCUGUCGCCCAGCCAAAUGCAGGCAGUGCAGCAACGAGCGGCACACAGGCGGAUGGGGAGGAGGGGGAGGGUGAGAGUGACGAGGAAACGGAGGGGAGGAAGAGCAGGCAGGCAGGCAAUGCUGGUGAGAGCGAGGAGGAGGAGGAGGAGGUGACUGGGCGAAGAAAACAGAGACUGAAGCGGAAGGAGAGGAAGGGGGCCAAGUCAAAAGCAGCAGCAGCUGCAGCAGCAGCGGCAGGGGCACAGGUGGAGUAUGAUGGAGGCGAGGAGGAGUGGGAUGGGUGGGAGGAGGAGGAGGAAGCGGAGGAGGCGGCAGGGGGUGGCAGUGGGGGCGGCACAGAUGCAGUUGCCGCUUCCGAAGGCGGUGCAGCGCCAGGUUUGGAGGAGGCGACGGGCUGCAGGGAUUGUGAGAUGGGUGAGAGGGGUGAGAUGGAUGCGAGCAGGCAGGGGCCCAGAGAGGCAGACGGGCGGGGCAGUGACAACGAGCAGGCAGCAGCAGGGAGCCCGAGGGAAGCGAGUGGUGGUGAGGUGCAGGGCGGCUUGCAGAGGCUGAGCCUUGAGGAAGGCAGUGUGGGCGAGGACAUGCAGAGGAGUGCUGAGGGCAGCGAGGGGAAAGGGGGUGAUGACGCAGAGGGGGAUAAGACAGGGGUAGGCAGCGAGGCAGCAGGGGAAGGAAAGGAGAGGAAGGAGGGGGAGAGGAAGGAGGGGGAGAGGGAGGGGGGUGGGACGGGGGAGCGAGGGGAGGCGCCGUGCAGCCGCAUGAAUGCGGGGCUGGCAGUGGGCGGCAACACGCUGUACCUGUGGGGCGGCGCCAAGGAGGUGGGCGACCGCGAGGUGACUCUGGACGACCUCUUCAGCCUCAACCUCUCCAAACUCGACCACUGGACGUGCCUUCACAAGGCGAGUGCCCGCAGCACCCCAAGCUGUGAGGGCAGUAUUCUGAUCGUUUCCCUAGAGUUGCUGCUGCCUGCCGCAAUACUCGUGCCACUCUCACUGCAAUACUCGUGCCACUCUCACUGCAAUACUCGUGCCACUCUCACUGCAAUACUCGUGCCACUCUCACUGCAAUACUCGUGCCACUCUCACUGCAAUACUCGCGCCACUCUCACUGCAAUACUCGUGCCACUCUCACUGCAAUACUCGUGCCACUCUCACUGCAAUACUCGUGCCACUCUCACUGCAAUACUCGUGCCACUCUCACUGCAAUACUCGUGCCACUCUCACUGCAAUACUCGUGCCACUCUCACUGCAAUACUCGUGCCACUCUCACUGCAAUACUCGUGCCACUCUCACUGCAAUACUCGUGCCACUCUCACUGCAAUACUCGUGCCACUCUCACUGCAAUACUCGUGCCACUCUCA